AGUUUCCAAAAAUCCCUGCAGAUAGAUGUUCAAAUUAAUUUAUUUAUGAAGCUAUAUAUUGACAAUUGACGUAUUGCCAAAAUAUUGAUGAUGGAUAAUUUUGAUUUUUGGUUUUGGUUUAUAAGGAAGACGUUUUAAAAACUGAAAAUGAUAGAAACAUUAUAAUUAAUAUAAUACGUUUCAAUGUGAUUAAAUGCCAAGAACAUCACAACAUUUACUCCAAUCUGAGAGACUACCAACUUCAUUAGAUAUGUCUGGAGCUUUUACAGAACAUGGUGCUCCUCCUUCAUAUGAAGAAGCAAUUAAUCCAAAUGCCCCACCUCCCUCAUAUGAUUCUUUAUUUGGAAGAGUACGAGAAGCACAGAAAACAAGUAAAGGAGUCCUAGAAUUUCUGAAAAAUGUAAUUAUAAUUGUAUUAGGCACAUUGGGAUGUACUAUAAUAUUAGGUGUUACAAUUGUUAUUCCAAUAUGUAUGAUAGUAAUGGGUUCUAUGUAUUUAUAUGACUGUCCACAGGGAGAAUACAUUCCAGUUUAUUUAUUAGUAGGAGGUAUAUUUGGUGUAGUAAAACAACUUUUACAUUUAUCUGCAAGAGUUAGACAAACAGAAGAAGAAAGACAAGAAGAGAAUUUAAGACAAUCCCCUACUCAAACUUUAUUAAAUUGUUUUAUGCUAGGAUGGUUCAUUAUUGGAUCUGUAUGGGUGUAUAAAGAAUAUGAGCCCAACUACGAUCCUUCUCUAGGAAAAUAUUGUAACAAGAAUUUAUACUUGUUUUCAUUUUGGUUGAUAACAUCUGUUUAUAUAUUAUUGGGAGCGCUAACUGUUUGUCUAUGUUCGAUUAGUUUAGCCACUAUUAUAUUUCAUACGGAUCAAAGAGAUGAUAAUGAAGUUAACGGCCGUCUAUGGUAAAUUGAAAGUAAUAGGUGAUAUUAAAAUUAGGCAGUUAUGUUGUGGAAAACAUUUCUAGGGAUCAUUAAAAUUGUUUGCGGGUAGGAUAUUUUUUUUGGUUUACAUGACAAAUAUACAAAUGGUUUUGUCUUAAACCAUUUCUAUGCAGUUUUUAAAUGACAUUAUAUCAGUAUCAAAUAUACAAAUUGUUUUGUCUUAAAUCAUUUCUAUACAGUUUUUAAAUGACAGUAUAUCAGUAUAUAUUCCUCAACUAGUAUGGAAAAUAGGAUUCAGUGGUAUACUGACGACCAACACAAAAUACUUGACAUUUAUUUCUAUGAAAUAGCACUAGUUCAUAGGGAAAAAUAUCGUCUAGGUGGUAGGAAAUGUUUGUGUAUAAGUGUUGAAAAGCUUGCUUUUCACGUGUAGUACAACAGAAUGCUUUUUUUACUUAUGAUCAAUCAAUAAACUGAAACAUUUUACAAAAAAACCAAUUUAUUACAUAUUAUAUGAUUACCUAUAUAAUCAACUCUAGCUUUAUCGGAGGUUAAACGUACCGUUUAAUACCAGUGGUCUACAAUCGUAGAUAUUUCUUAAUAAUUCAAUUUCAAUACCCUUAGAGGUUAGUUUUUUUGUGAAACGUUGUUGCUCUUGAUCUUGAAGCUGAGUUAUUAAGAGUUUUCGGUGUUUUGAUAGAAAUGCUUGGGCAACACAAGCAAUACAAGUUUUGCCUUGGUGGUGAAAAGAUUUACUUAAUUAGCAACAAUAAUGUAUAUAAAUGAUUUUAAGAUAAAGGUCGUAAAAAAAUAUAUUCAUUAUAAUGCUCUGUCGAUUAACAUAUAUUCACUGUUUUAUCACUUGAUAAUACAUGACUAUACCCAUUCAAAGAAUAUUUUAAGACAAUUAGCUUUGAUUUUUUUUUUGGGAAAGGGACUAUGCAGAUGUAGUGAUAAUAUUAUGAUGAAAAACCAAAAACCAAGAAUCUAACAUGUAAUUCGAUAGUAACAAUAAAACUCAAGACUAUAAAAUCUGAUACCAGAUAAUUUUAAUGUUAUUGUUUAUUCAGAAAUUUUGAUAAUUUAGGAUAAGUAUUCCAAAAUAACAUAAUAUUUACAGAAGGGUGAUUCAUUUCCGAAAAAAUAUUAAUCUACACAGAAAAAAAAUUCUAAUUUUGAGCUCUUGCUAUCAAUUUUAAGUACUUUUACCAUUUAAAGUGCUUGUAAAAAAUGUUUUGUUUUCAAAUUCCUAAUACUUAUUCACUUUUUACAAUAAUGCAAAUCAGUUUGAUGGAAUUUUAUGCUGUUCGAAAUCGCUUUAGAGAUUUUUCUUUUCUAUAUGAAGAUUAAUUUUUUGCUUGAGCUUUUUUUUCGUAAAUGAAUCACUCUAAUAUAGCUUUAUUGAUGAAUUUGUCGCUUUGGAUUUAUGAAUGCAAAAUAUUAUCUUAUUAUUGGUAAUAUCUACAAUGACAUGGUAGUUUGUAUUUAUACUGAAAACUCAUCGCUGUUCACACUUAGAGUUCACAACGCCAAGUACCCGAGCACUGAAAUUUUUUUCCACUAAUAUGAAAAUGCAAUGGGAGUUGUAGACGAAAGUUAUGUGAAGAACGCGCAUUUUGGACACUGUAGAUUUAAGCAUCUAAAUCGUUUUGAUUUUGGGUCUCUUGUAUUUAAAAAUUUGACGUUUAGACUGUUCGUUUCAAAUUUUUAUCUGUCACAUAUAUAACAGGUCUAAGAAACAAGAAAUUAAAGAUAGUGUGAUUUAUUGAACACAUAUAGUUUAAUAAUAAUUAUUCCUCAUGGGAAGGAGUCAAAUUCUAUUGAAUACGGAUUUCCGUGAGUUUAAAGUAUUUUUGACAAAACUGCUUGUGAAAAAUAACUCAUUUCGUCGCUAAUGUUUCAAUUGCCUCAUAAUAGGUUUGUUCUUGGUAGCUGCACGGGCAGAACUAGUUCAAGAAGUGUUCUUAGUAGCAGUGCAACAGGACUGCUUGCACUGGGUCUAGAGUCAAUUCAGCCAGUGCAGUGUAAUAAGUGUAAUCUGGAAACGCUGUCACUACAUCUUCGUUAUCGGACGAAUAUAAAAUAUCAAAAAGUAAUAAGUCGUUUUCCAUUAUUGUUAAUACUACAAGGCCUCAAUCACAUCAAAUAACCUCAACAAAUGCUCCAUUGCGUUCUGCACUGGUCCAGUUCCAGUGCAGCUACCAAGAACAAACCUAAUGAAACCAAUUCUGACAUUAUCAGGACAUUUCAAGUUAAUGAUGUCAAAAUCAGCUGAUUUCAUCAUUUAUUAAAAUAAACAAAGGACUUUCUAAUAUGGCGAAUGAACCAUUUUGUGAAGUUAUUUCUGUAUUACUGAAAUUAAUUUUGCAAAAAUGGCAUUUUGUUGAGUUGUAAAUUCUAGUAGUAAUAAUUUCAAACAAAAAAAUCACCUUCAGCUUUAAAUAUAGCCCAAAAAAGCUUGUCCUAACAAAAAUAAUUAUGUGCGAGAAAGAGAAAUUGUUUACAAAAAACAUUUGACUUAGUCUGUAACUUUGCGACUUGCACAGUUACUGACAAGUCCUGCCUUAAAAGACUUGGAAGAAUUUUAUAUGCCCUCAGUUAACACUAAAUGUCGAAAUUUUCAAUUUCCUAGCAGGGCUAAUUUUUGCUUCUUAUCGCAACUUCCAACCUUCCUAAACUAUGCUUUACGCACAAAAACAACUUUACAAAUUUGAAACACAAAGAAACGCCUCAACAGUUCUCCCUAAGCAGAUUUGUACGGUUAUAACUAGGCGUCAAUGCUCAAGAACAUUUUGAGGUUAUGUUCUGAAAUAACCUAAACGUGCCAUUUCAUGUUGAUGUUCGACGCGUUAGAUGAGGUCACGUGGUAUACUUUCUACUGGUAUGCCAUCUUAAAUUAAUGAAGCGUCAAGCUUAAAAAUAUAGAGAAAAUAUGCCACCUCUAUCAAUAGAUAAUUUAUUCAAUAAUUGCUAAAUUUAAUUUUUUUCUAAUUUAGCAGUUAUUGGAUAAAUUGAUUUCAGGGUUUCGUACACAAAGUGCUUAAUAAAUUUUGAAGAAACGUCGAGCGAACGCUUCUAAUGACCGCGGGCUUUAAGUGGAACGACAUAGAGGGUGUUACAAUCGUUGUGAGCGUUAAGUGAAAUAUUAGAUACUUUCUAUUUACAUUCAAAUGAACUGAUACACUCAGUCACUGCUCAGUGAAUAAAACGAAGGCGUAAUGUGAAUGCUAUUAACAAAAAAAAUGACAUAACAACAAUAAGAUUAUUUCCAUCAAUGGCCACUUGCACCAUAAAGUUAACAAUGGCUCAAAUUUUAACACUGUUUUCCGAAUUGCACCGUGUGUUAAACCCAGUGAACAUUUUGAGGAAUACUUUUUUGUUAAGAAUUUUGUACUCUACAUUUUUUUUUCGUAUUCCUCAUAGUUUUCGAGUUAUUCGCGUUUUUGAGUUACAAGUUCCAAGCAGAAUCUAGAAAAUCAAAACCGCCCAAUUUGAUUUAAGGUUUUAGCUCAAAAUCGCCUAAUUUACCUGUACUAUAAUCCAAUGCAAUAGUGACAACAGGUGAUGCCUUUAACACUGCAGCUAAUGGCAAUUUAACGAUAUCCUUCGGCCAAAAAAAAUUGAGUUAUGACGGCACAGGUGAGAAUAAUCUGAGUUUUAAUGUAAAUGGGAAGUAGCUUUUUUGUAUUGCAUAAUACGCGUGAGAUUUCACACAAAAAAUACAAAUUAAGCUUCACUAUAUUACUGCUCGUUUUUCAAAUACCCAUAUACAAAAUAAUAUUAGGAUGAUAUUAGUAAUAUAUUUUUUCUAUUUAGUAUAAGUAAAUUAGGUGUAAUGCAUUUUGUAAUAUUACGAGGGCCGUUUUUUUUUCAACCUCCGAUCGCUCCGUGCAGACGCUACGCGGGCUGUAGGCGACUGCCAAGCUCUCGCACUACACAUUCCGCCAUUGUUGACAUUCAGGCGUCAGUCGGCGUUGCGCUACAGCCACGUAAACAUGUCCGAAAUUAUUUUUCUACAGACUGAAGGCCAUAGUGCUGCAGAAAUACUUCGGAGAAUGAGUCGUGUGUAUGAGGAAAACUUCAUGAGUGAUGGUGUUGUGCGUGAAUUGUGCGUUAAUUCAUUGGCGGCAACUUUUGAAGAGGGUAUUGAAAAGCUUUUUCACAGAUAUGAAAAAUAUCUCAAUCUCCUCGGUGAUUAUGUCAAAAAGUAACCUAACCUAACCUAAACGUAUGUGUACCAAUUUUUUGGUAAGCAAAUUAUUGUUUUAUAUGAACUUGUCUUUUAUUUAUAGCCUAUCAGAGAUUGAAAAAAAGGCCCUCGUAUUUAUGUAAAUAUUUGAUUUAUAUAAUGAUUCGCGGGUAUGAGGAAAGAAAUUAUUUUUUCUUGAAAUUUUUUUCUAAUAUUUGAUUGUUUUAUUUUGAUAAGGAAGGCAUCUUAAUUUGUGUGGUUCGGUUUACAUAGCCAUACCAAACUGUGAUAUAUUUUUUUAUAAGCUUUAUAUAUUGUAAAUUUUUUUCUUAAAUCAUGACUAUAUCGAUUAUGUUGAUGCUGAUAUUUUAUGAGAUAAUCAUUUGUAAAUGAUCCAUGAUAAAUAGUAAAUUAAUCCUGAUUGAAUUCACUAAAAUUUUGAUCAACAUCGAAGGUAUUGAGAUAUAGAUAACCGAAAAGUUGAAACGUGAUGGUGAAAAUUCUUGCACUGGUUUUUUUAUUAAGUACUGCCUUUUUUUGGUGGAGAUGGUGCGGUUAGGGAGUGUGCAUCUCAUUAUAUGGCCUCCAAAAUACAUAGACUAUGGAGAGCUUGCUUUUUUAUUCAAAAAUACAUAAUACCGCUCCUUGCUCAAGAUUGGAAACCCAUUACAUAUCAAAGCAUGGGAUCACUGUCCCCCAUGCUUUGACGUGGGAUCACUGUUCACCAUGCUUUGAAUGUUGAGGUUGAUUGAAGACUGCAUUCACUCAUUUGUGUUUAUUUACGUAACUAUUCACAAUUAAUAACAUGAUUCUAUGUACGAUGAUUAGAAUACUCAAAUGGCUCAAGAUAUUUUGAGCAGGGAAAGUGUGCGUUCUCUAAGGUUAAGUGGAGGAAAUGUGUUCUGCUUUCGAUGUGAAAAGAUAAGAAUUCGAGACUGAAUAAUAGAAUGUGGUUGUGAUUGUGAGAUACCUGAAGAUGCUUAACUUAGCAGAUGAUGUGGCGUGCAAAUCCUUUACAGAGACGACGAAACUUCUAUCCACAUUUUCUCGGAAGUGUGAAACAAUAAGAAACUCCAGAGCACUACACCCGGGAGCACUUGAACUAGAAGAUCUCUAGCAAUUACAGCCAUACCACAUUCUAGACUUUUUUAAAGGAGUGGGAUUAUUAGAUCAGCUGUAAACACUGGGUUCUCCAGUAUCGCAGCACGAAAGGGAGAAAUAAUAGAUCCCCUGGGUCAGUGUAUACGAUACCCCAAAAUCCAUACAUACAAUAUUUGACUUUCACAAUAAAAGUAGUCAGAAUGUUAUAUGUGUGUAGAUAGUUUACAACAUUAGCUUUGUGUUUUUUUGGUGAGAAAGAUGUCUCCCAUAUUCCAGCUUUUUGACAUAUCUAUUUCUCUCACAUAUUUCACAAACACCUGUAAACUUUUUUUAUAGACAGUAAUAAUUAAUAUGGGUUUCCUUCCUGGCCAUGUUACAAAUGAAAAUAGGACAUCGUUUUGUAAAUAAUAUUAAAUCUGAUUAUCUCGCUAAUUUCUUCCUUAAUAUUUAUUUACAAAUAUAAUUUUGGUCAUCGAAACUAGAUAUAGUUACGAAUAAAAUAUUUUUCUUCUAUUUUGACCGAUAUUCUGACUGUUUCAUUUUUGCUCAAUGACAAAUUAAUUUAUUAUGUGAGUCUUAUCUCUAAAUUUUUAAAAUAGUCUUGAUUUUUAGGUCUCUUCUGUUAUGAAAUUAGUUAGAUUAGGGUACAUAAAAUAAAACUAAUUUUAUAACAAAAGAGACCUAAAAUCAAGAACAUUUAAAAACAAACAUAUAUAAAAGGUAUAAGAAAUAUAAAAAAUUUUCAAAAUUUAAUAUCUAAACCUGAAAAAAUUUUGUAGACAGAUAAAUAGAUAUACAACUGAAGCUGAUAUCUUAGAUAUAUCUAUCGAUUAUAGAUCUAGAAUAUAACUAGUCAUAUAUAGAAUAGUUAAUAGAAUCAUAUAAUUAGUUUCAAUAUAUUUUUAACAACAAUAAGGUAUUGAUUGACCAAAAAAAUAAAUUAAAGUGGAGGACUCAAUCUCAUGUAAUUUAAUGAUAUUCUCCAAUGUAGCCAUUAAUUUUCUAAAACACGAUGCCUUAUAGAUAUUUACUUUACCUUAAAAAUAUAUGUCAUUAACAAUUAACUGAUUUGUCAUACAUUUUCUGGUUAAUGGGAAGUAAAAUAAUACUUUCUACUGUCAAACUUUUCCAUUUAUUAUAGCCUGUUUUCAUUUUUAUCACCUAUUUUAGUGGAUUUACCAGCAAUGCAGGGAGGGUUAUUGUUCAAACAACUGAUCGAAAUUAAUAGUGGUGGAGCCAUAAAGGUAAAUUGGGAUUUACUCAAACCCCAUUGGAUUUUAAAGUUUAGAUUAUACGAAGAAAAAGCGUUUAAAAUUUUAUAUAUAUAUAUAUAUAUAUAUAUAUAUAUAUAUAUAUAUAUAUAUAUAUAUAUAUAUAUAUGUAUAUAUAGGGCUUGCUAAGAAACCCUUUAAAAGACUGACUGACUAUUCAAAGCGACACAGACUUUUAUUCAUCAGACAAUUCAAAUGAUGUUAUGAUUGUAUAAAAUCUCAACAUUUCCUAUAUCUGAUUCAAUUUUUUAAUUAUUUCUAAAAGCUAAAUCUAAUAAAUAAAAUUAUGAAAAAUUGGGUAAAAAAAUUAAAUUAAAUGAAAAAUACCUACUUUGUUAUAGCUACACACAAUUCAACAAUUUUUGCAACUGUGAAUUGUGAAAAUUGGCUAAUUAAAUUUUUUUUGUAUCAUAUCAUCAAUGUAUUUUUUUGCUAUUUUGUGAAAUGAAUCAUCAUUUAGUGAAAUGAAAACUUUUCAAUAAAUUAAUAUAUCUUUAAAAGUUUUUCUGUCGAUAUUUUUAAUUUCUAUUAUGAUGCACGAUUCUCUACAGGAUACCUAUACAUGGUGGAAGUACUCAAAAGUAUCCUUAUAUUAAUAGCCAUCCUCGAGUAAACCCCAGAAUCCCCCUGGACUCUCCUACUAAAAAUUGUUUUGAGAUAAGACUUUCAUGGAAAUUUCGAUGCACACUGCUCAUACUUAACUUACAUACCCAACUAACAAUUUUAUUAUCAGUCUAAUAUCAAGAAUCUCAGUCUGAAAUUAAUUUUUUAUAUUUCUUACAUUGUUACUUGGGUAUUACAUAAAAUAUUUGCGAAUAUUAUGUUUUGUUGUUUUUUAUAUUGUUAUCUUUUGUUAUAUUACAAUUUUAGUUAAUAUAUUUAUUUU